GGGUGUCAAGUAUUGUUAGAACUGUAUUAUUUAUCAUAGUAUUUAUUUGAGUUUUAAUUUGUUUUCCACGCAUUAAACAACAAUGAGUGAGACAAAACUUAGUAGUGAUGAAGUGCCUGCCAAAUUUGCGGACUGGCUGCUGGCAAUGGGUUGUCCUCCUGAAAAAGUACCAACAGUGGACAAAAUCUCACAGAUGUGCCGUGGAACGUACUAUUUAGUGUGGCGCAGUCUUAUGGAACAGGUGGAAUCAAGAGACAUCAUAAAACAGAAGAGACUGCAAGUUUUCGCUGAUGAUGUUCGGAGGUGUAAGAAAAAGAAUCUAUUUACAGAACAUGACACAAAUGUGCUGAUACCACCAGAGCUCACACUGUGGCGGCAACAAACGGAAGUGCGGCAGAAGGUGCUGGAAGCCGAGAGCCGCAUCACUGAAGCCAAGAGAGACCUCAGCGAGAUCAUGGACAAGGUGUCUAGCAAAAUGUCCCAGCGCAACCUGGCCCGUCAGCGACUCCGAGACCUGCAGCGAAGAGGCUGGCUCCUCCAACUCCUCGCAGACGAUCUCCGCACCAAGAAACAGAGUCUUAUUGAGACACGCACUAUAGCUGAAGACAUGUGCGCUGUACAGGACCAUACUGAUGUGCAGUCAAAACUAGACAGAUGUCUAUCGUCCCAGCGUCGUCAGCCAGCCGUCGCUGCGGCCUCCGUGGCGUCCUCCACCAUGAUCAGCAACAGCAGCACGAACGUAGCCAACAAUGGCGAUUUGGAAGAGGAGCACAUAAGUCAGCUAGUGGCGUGCCGCGGCGACGCACUGUGGGCGGAGUUAUACGCGCGUAGGGCUGCUCUUGUCAACUCAUUGAGCAACAGAGGAGAGCCCACAGUGGACAAUAACCGGCCAAGUUUCCAAGCGGUCCUAAGCGAAACCGCAGCACUGCAAUGCACUUUGACACUAGAGGCUUUCAAGUGUCGUGAAAUGACGAGACUCGCUCAACAACGGCUUGCACAAGCUGUUGAAGCAUUGAACAGUGACCUAACCGGCGAGGCUUGCGAGCUGCUAGUGCUCCGGUGCGAGCGAGCGCGGACAGAGUCGCGAGUUGUCGCACUGCGCGACGCGGUGCGACACGUCGCCGAGGCCGAGGGCUUGUUUGCCACCAGCCGGGCUGAGCCGCAGCCAGCACACAACCAGAUAUAUAAGAUUGAUAAAGCUAUUGAAUCCAAGAGAGACGAAAUCAAAAGCGUGACAUCGUCUCUAGCCUCGAUGGAGAGGAAAAUACAGAACGUGAGAGAGUGUCUAACGACCAUAUUUAAUGGUUUUCGCAACGACGCCCCGGACGCCAAUAUCAGCCACGCCAGAGGGCUGCAGCUAGACCUGCCCUCAGACUCCGUGGGAAGCCUUCGUCAGUUCUACGAGAAACGGCGCUCUAGAGCCAAGAUGGAGCUGAGCAUGGAAUUCGACGUCUCGGACAAUUCAUUCAAUGACCAAUCAGAUUUGGGCAACGCGCGAUUCAUUGACGAGCUCAGAAUAUACUUGAAGAAAUUCAAUCUGGAGAAAAAUAGAAAACUGGUUUUAGAAAGCGGCGAAAAAAUCUGGAUAUUCGAAACGCUCCGAUCCACCGCUUCCCGCCUGCAAGCUCGCUGGCUCACCGCCGACAUCGCAAGCGGACUUACGUGCCCGUCGCAGUCUCUUCCACACAACGUACUGGGCCUCGUCAAGGCUGUCGGCCAUAAAGCUAGGCUACGGAGCGUCGGGCAAAGUGAAAUAGACUUAAAUGUCAAUGUUGACAUCAACAAACACAUAGACGAAGAAGGCCAAAUCAUAGACAAAAUAAAGAAACGGCUCGACGAGAACCUGCGCAGCCUCCAGAAGACCAGCAAGACCCUAGACCAGGGCAAGGAAAACCUUAGUCUAUGGUCGAACAAUCAGUUCAAAAACCACAUCUCUCAUCAGCGCACGGUUGACGGCAAACCGUAUAAGGCUUAUGAGGCUUAUUAUUUGGAAGCGUUGAGUUUCUGAACGU